AUGUUCACCACAUCACAUGCACAUAUGUGCAAUUGGCGCUGGGCCUCCGACCUCAUCUUCGCCCGUGAGCACGUCAAGGAAGAGGAAGGGGUAGAGGUAGAGGUAGAGGUAGAGGUAGAGGUAGUGGUAGAGGUAGAGGAAGGGGAGAUCGAGGCAAUAGAGAUGACAAUAGAUAUUUCGAAGCCAACGAUGGUCAUUUCCAGGGCAAAGACAGAGGACGAGAUCAAUAUUUUGACAAAUCAAAGGCUACCUGAAGACAAAGAAAAGGAAGCGCAAUCGAAUUUUGCUGAAAAGCAAGAAGUGGAAACUUUGUUAAUGGCUAUUCAAGCUAAUCAGGAACCUGAGUCUGAUGUUUGGUAUGUGGAUAUGAGCUGCAGUAAUCAUAUGUGUGGAAUAAGUUUUGAUGAUUCUUCCACUGUGAAAGUGAUGGGAAAGGGUAAUAUAAAGAUAAGUACCAAGAAUGAUUCUGUAGAAAUAAUUUCUAAUGUCCUUUACGUUCCUGACUUGAAAAGUAAUCUAUUAAGUGAUGGUCAAUUCAAGAAAAGGGUUAUGUAA